UUAAACCCUUAUUUCCUCUCUCUCUCUCUCUCUUCUCUCUCUCUAUAUCUCUGCUGGUUUGCUGCGAAGAUGAGUUUGGUCGCGGGGUCGUACGAGCGUUUCAUUUGGGGCUACAAGUUGAACCGUUCACUAACCCUAACCCCACUCUUCUCCUUCCCAUCCCACCUCUCCACCAUCAAAACCGUCGCGGUUGCCGGCACCGUCGCCGUCUCCGGCGGAAACGACGACUGCAUCAAAAUCUACGACCUCUCCUCCUCUUCCGAGGUAGGAUCCUUCCACCACUCCGCCUCCAUCACAUCCGUCGCCUUCUACUCUCCUCCUUCUCUCUCCUCCCUCCCGCGAAACCUUCUCGCAGCCGACGCCGAUGGUUUCGUCUCCAUCUAUGACGCCGACCCCUUCGUGCUGCUCAAAACCGUCAAAAUUCACAAAAAAUCGGUCAAUUCGCUGUCCGUGCAUCCUUCGGGGAAGCUGGCGCUAACCGUCGGCCACGAUCAGUGCUUGGCGCUGGUCAAUUUGGUGCGGGGAAGGCGGAGCUUCUAUUGCAAGCUGGGCAAAGAAGCGUCGCUUGUGCAAUUCGAUGAAAGCGGCGACAAAUUUUCCAUGGUAGUCGACGACAAAGUCAGUAUUCAUGAGGCCGAGGAUGCGAAGCUGAUAGUCGAGCUGGAUAAUACGAAGAAAGUCCUCUGUGCUACUUCCGGCGCUAAUGGCAUAUUAUUUACUGGUGGAGAAGAUAGGAGCAUCUCGGCAUGGGACACAGCCAGCGGGAAAUUGGCGUACAGUAUUGAAAAUGCUCACGCAGCUCGUGUCAAAGGCAUUGUUGUGUUAUCUAAGAGCAGUGCUGAUCCAGGGGGGGAGAAUCCUUAUAUAGUGGCAUCUGCGUCGUCUGAUGGCGUAAUACGCGUCUGGGACGUGCGGAAGGCUGUUGAAGGGAAGCCAUUGAGUGAGGUCCAUACCAAAUCAAGGCUCACUUGCCUCGCUGGAUCAUCUAUCCGAUCUUUGAAGCGACCGCGGAUUGAAAUGCUGCACACCGCUGAAAAUCUAAAUGCUGCAGCUGUAGAAUCAUAGUUGUCUGAGCACAAGAUGUUUGCUGCCAUUAAAUCUGGCAUCUCCCUCUCUCUCUCUCUCUCUGGUAUGACUGUAUUUUUGCUUUUUAAGACAGACAUGAACAUGAGAACCUCAAUUUUGCAGUUGAAGUGGAAUAUAUGUGUAUGUAUUACCUCC